GCACUGGAGCGCCUUCUCCAGAUGAAUAGUGGCUCUCGUCGUCGUGGUCGUUCAUUGAAAAAUUCAUUCCGCAAGUGCCAAUUGAACGAGCAGGUUGUGUGGUGCGUCGUUACAUUAUAAACAGUCGUCGAUCGAUCCCGUUGGUUUCACUUGUUGGUUACUGACAGUGGACGGAAAGUAUUCGUGUCAGCUGGAAUUUGUUGAUGUUGUCCGGUUUUUCGUUAAGUCAGUGAAAUCUGUGCGUGGCUCUGCGGUCGAUACGCACGAUCGAGUACGCGUACUGUGCUGAACACUGUUGUGAGCAUUGUUGAUAACAGCGGAUAGCAGAAGGUAGUUUGUUGGAGAAGUGCUAUUGGAACGCAUAAUUGUGUUUGUGUGCACAAUUGUUUCGUAAAACGAAAGAGAGCCAGUCAGAGAGUUUGUUAGUUAUCAGCGUUCAAGCACAGAGUAGUUGUUACGAGUUUGUUGUUACGGUGUGGCGAUUCCCGCGGUGUUUAUAUAGAAGAGUAGGUAAAUUGAUCAAAAAUUUGUCAAGAUGUCCGUAACAUGGGGAUAUACACAAAUGAAUGGACCACAGAAAUGGCCGGAAAUGUUCCCGCAGGCCCGUGGGCAACGUCAGUCACCGGUCGAUAUCGUUACCUCCAAAACCCAAAACUCGGGCGAUCUGCAGGAGAAUGCGCUGCGAUGGACGUAUGUGCCAGAGAACACGCGUAGCCUGGUCAAUCCUGGAUACUGCUGGCGUGUGGAUGUGAACGGUAAGGGCUCACUGCUUACCGGUGGACCGCUCCAGAAGGAACAGUUCAUUCUGGAACAGUUCCAUUGUCACUGGGGAUGUUCAGACUCGCGCGGAUCGGAACAUACGGUUGAUGGAGAAUCGUUUGCCGGUGAGCUGCACCUGGUCCAUUGGAACCAGAGCAAGUACAAGAGCUUCGGAGAGGCUGCUGGCCAUCCCGAUGGUUUGGCAGUGUUGGGAGUCUUUUUGAAGGUUGGCAAGCCGCAUCCGGAGCUGGAUAUCAUCGCUCGUUUGCUUCCGUUCAUCACUCACAAGGGCGAUCGCGUUACACUCAACAAGCCACUUGAUCCGGCCCGUUUGCUACCGGAGGGCAAAGCCUACUGGACCUACUUGGGAUCUCUGACUACACCUCCGUGCUCGGAGUCCGUUACCUGGAUUCUGUUUAAGGAACCGAUCGAAGUUUCGCACGAACAGCUGGAGCUGUUCCGCGAAAUGCGCUGCUACGAUGCCGCUGAAGAGUGUCCAUGUGAUGAAACGCUCAACAAGCAGUUCGAAUACGGCAAGGUCAUUAACAAUUUCCGUCCACCGCUGGAGCUUGGCAACCGUCAGCUACGUGAGGUCGAUAGCUACUAAAAAAGAUUCAAAUUUGGCCAGUGUGAAUGUUUGAAUUUCGUAGAAACACUUCGAAACAUCAGCAUAAAUGUGUAAAUGAUUCGAACCAGGUCGAUCUGUGACCGACCCAAGUAGUGCGAAGCGCGUCAACGCACCGUUCGAGGUUCGCUUAUGGUAAUCAUGUUUUAAAUUAGAUUCAUUCGCCCGACGCAAACAGUGUGGGCAAAAUGAUAAACGUAGAGCAGCCACAGGAAGUCCUCGAUUUAGGUCUCUUACCUUUUCGCCAGUGAAAUGGAUAACGAUCGUUUGUCGUGGAGAUCUUAUUUUUUGUCAUAAAACAAAUUGCAAAAACAAAAAUACGUAGAAUGAGGCAAAUCAAAAGCAAUAUUUAUAUCAAUUAUCUAUACUAUCAAUCUGCUGAAGAGUUUUUGUACGCAAGAUGAACGAUUUAGAGAAAAAGGAACGAUGAACAGCUUGAAAAGCCAUAAAGGAAUUUACUAUUUACAAUCAUAUGCGUCAGAAAAUUUAGGAUAUAAUUUCACCUGUGCAAAAAAAAACACCCUUUGCUUUCCCCAAAAAGGUAUGAAGUGCAUGAAGUGCUGCAAUUCUAAGCGAAAACGUGUGUUUUUAAAU